AUGUCUUCCUCGUCGCACCACCACUCCGCGCGCGCCUCGCUGCGAUCUCGCUGGCACGGCGGCGCGCACAAGGCGGGGUACGGAAUCCGCGCGGCGCACGUCAUCCAGGCGUGCGCCUUCGCUAUAGUCACGCUCUGGCUCUGCUACCACUGGUCGCACGCCCCGCGCCGCCAGCCCCCGCGCGACGCGGACCCGGCCGCGGCGAGCGCGGGGAGGCUGCAGGUGCGGGGGCUCGUGGUGGAACGGCCCAAGCCUAAAGAUGUGGGUCGGCGGAAGAGCCGCAGCGUGAUCUCCCUGGAGGGCCCCGGUGACCGCGACCUGCUGCCGGGGAACGGCGCGCUGGCGGACGCGGAGGGCGCUCGCGGCGGAGGGGCGCUGGCGGGGGGAGAUAUCGUGCGGCGCAUCGUGGCGAAGGCGGGCAUGGCGCAGGCUCGCGGCGUGAAGCUGAAAGACCUGGUGGAGGCGAAGGCGCAGGGCGGGGGGAACCUGCUGGGGGAGUUCGGGGGGGAGGCGGAGGAGGAGGGGGAGCGGGCGUGGGAGGAGGAGGGGGAGAUGGAGGAGCGCGCGCUGGUGGACCUCAAGGGCGGGGGACGCGAGGCGAAGGUGGUGCAGCGCGCACUGGACGAGACGCGCGCCGUGGAGGGGGACGGCGGGGCGGAGGGCGAGCGCGGGGGCGCUUCGGCAUCGGCGCUGGAGGUGGCGGAGGACGCGGAGGUGGGCGCGGAGAGGGGGGGCGCGGGGGAGAGAGGCGCGGAGGGCGGGAGGAAACAACAGGCGGGGCGGGCGGGGGAGAGGCAGGGGGAAGGGGGGAACGGGAGGUUGUUUAAGGUGGACGCGAGAGGGGAAGAAGCGGCAGGGAUGGAAGGGGAGGAGCGGGGAGGGGAGGAGGGAAAGCAGGGAGGGAGAGAGGAGGAUGAGGAUGAGGACGAGGCGAGGGGCGAGGAGGAUGGGGCAGGCGACACACACGAGGGCGGCAGCAGCAGCAGCGGUGGCGAGGGCGAGGGCGGCGCGUGGGAGGGGAAGCAGCAGGGAGUAGACAACAGCAGCAGUGCAGACUACCCGCACAAGCUACUGCACGUGAGUGGAGUGGAGCAUGUCGGGUGCCCGAUGCUCGGCGGAGUGGACGGGCUCCCCGAUGCCAACGGGCUCCCCGAUGCCAACGGGCUCCCCGAUGCCAACGGGCUCGGCUCGGGGAAGGGGCUCGGGGAAGGGGUUCACGGCAGUGGGAGGCGCCACGGGGAGGUGGUGGCGAUCAGCGCAUUCGCCUGGCCCGCUGCAGUGCAUGAGCAGCUCUGGCGAUAG